CGCAGAUUUUUGUUAGGUCUGCUUUCGGUUUCACCUCUGUUUUCGCUUGAAGUGUUAAGGAUUUCCUGGCGCAUUUGUGGCUAAUAACUGCAGUUGCACCCAGAAUGUCGGACGAAGAGCCAAUGGAUUAUUCAACUUCCAGUGCUGAAGGACAUACUAGUGCAAAUGAGUACUCUUCUGUGCAUUUCAGUCAGGUUAGUCCGACAGUCUUCGCUGCUAGUGGAGCACAACAACAUUAUGCAGUAUUUGCAAACGUCCAAGAGAGUGAUUGUACAAAUUUGGACUCUCCAUGUGGAGGACCUGCUGGCACUACUGGAGACAAACAACCAAAAAGAGAUCAGCAUUCUCCUGACCUGUAUCCAGCAGAGCCUUCAGCACCUCCAGAUGAGACUACAGUAUAUGUAUGUGUGAAGUUGACUGGAGAACCACCAUUGAACUGGAAAUCAACACUACAGAAAAAUCUUCAGUCAUGGCUCAAUAAAGAAUUUGUUAAAAAGGGUGGAGUGACUAUAAACAUUCUUUCAGUUGAUGGAAACUGGGCAACAGUCAACAUAACUCCCUCAUCUGCCCUUGAAGACCUUCUGAAGGAAAAUGAAAUACAGAUUGCUUUAAAAAACAGUCUCACGACUGUCACUGUGCAGUUUCACAGGAAUGCACCAUCAUCUACAAACUCGAACCAGCCAUCAACCAGAAAAAUCCAAAUGACUAUAAAUGCUACAUUUGAUAUCAGUGACUAUUCUAAUGAAGUACAGUCGGCACUCAAGACCAAGUUUAGUCAUCUCUGCCUCCAUGAACAAUCGCUGACCAUCACUGGCAGCUUUGAUGAAGUGGAGCAGUUCCAUAAUGAGGUGACCAAGGUCAUCAAAGAAGCUGAAGCUGGGCCAGCAGACACUAGGCUGAAGGAGAUUAUUUGUCCACUCCCCCUGAUUCAUUUUAGUUAUGUAAACCAGGCCUACCGGAAGGAGAUUGAGCAAAUCGAGCAAAUAAAUGGAGUCAAAAUCAAUGCUGAAGUAAUGGUUUCCAUCGAAGAUGACCCACAGAAAACAAACAGAGAUUCCCAGCUGACCAACGCCAGUAGGGAGUUCAUUGACUUCUUCCAGAUGCAUGUAGGUGAUUUUGAUAACAUCUCCAUGCCUAUGACACAUGUGGAUAAAGGAGAUUUCAUGAAUAUGCUGAUGAAUGUUGAAAAUGAUAAGGCCAAGCUUGUACUGAAUGUGUCAGCUAAUGGUUGUGAGGUAUUCGGGCAGAAGCAGCACAUGGUAGCAGUCAGGAAAGCUUUUGGAAAAUGGCCUAUGGGCCAUGUGUCUUUUGAUAAGACCUCUGGAAUGGAUCAAAGCUCCACAGAGAAGGCUUCUGGAUCCUCUGCAAGACCAGAAACACCACAAAUGAUUGGGAGUGACAUCAAAGAUCCUCUUUUGUCUGAUGGACUGACUAUGAACGAGGCCCACUGGCUUCUGAUGAAAUUAGCCUUUGAUGAGAAAAUAACAGCAAUCAAAAGGAAAUUUGGAGUGGAUUUCAUCACAGAAAUGUCUCCAGGGAAGGUUAAAGUAAAAACCAGACCUACCAAGGGGGUAAUCUCUCUGGAAAGCCACGCAAUCAGAGCAUUAAUGCAUCUCUAUCAGAAGGCUGCCUCUUCAGCGAUGAGUUGCUGUCUCCUCGAUAGCACCCAGGCAAAGAAUGUGAAGAAAGUUUUGGCAGAGAUCCACCCUCAACACCACUGUGUGUUGGAAGGAGAGCCUACCGGCCCCUUCAGGCUGGUUGGCCUACCAGAGCAUUUAAGCCGUGCAGUCAGGGAGAUAGAAAAGAGGCUGGGUGUGUCUGUGUUUAAAGCAGAAGACAAGCAGAGGAUUGAAUACCCCAAAGAUGACAGUUUCACCCCUAUCCUACAACAACCAGAGAAUACAGGCAUGGGGGGAGCAACGGGUGGGGCUGAAGAAGAGAACUGCCCCAUUUGUAUGGAUGUAUUUAAAGACAAGCAGACAUUGACCUGUAAACACGGGUUUUGCAAAGAUUGUCUGAGGCAAGCAGUGGAAUCCAUGGGUUCAAUUUGUCCUUUGUGUAAGGAUGUGUUUGGCAUGGUAGAGGGAAACCAGCCUCAUGGCAAAAUGACCCACUGCACUAUUAAGACUAGCCUACCUGGAUUCCCUGGCUGUGGCACGAUAAUUAUCACCUAUUCUAUUCCAGAUGGAAGACAGACGAACAAACAUCCCAACCCUGGACAGGUGUUCAUUGGGGCCAGAAGAAUAGCUUACUUACCUGACAACAAAGAGGGGAAUGAGGUGUUGAGUCUGCUGAAGAAAGCUUUUGAUCAGAAGCUGAUUUUCACUGUUGGGAUGUCAAGGACCACAGGGGCAGAGAACAGUGUGACCUGGAACGACAUUCACCACAAGACCAACACCCAUGGAGGGCCACAAAAUUUUGGCUAUCCUGACCCAAAAUACCUGAGCAGAGUUAAAGAUGAACUGAAAGCCAAAGGCAUCAAAUGAAGACAAUCAUCUUCCAAUUUGAAUGGGGGGUUGAUAUGUAUAGAGUAUUUCAAAAUGUCUUGAAUUCUUGAAUUAAUAGAACUAUGAAAGAAGCACUGACAGACAGAAUAAACAAACAAGAUUAGAGAAUACCAACAUUCAGAUUAAAAAUCAAAAUAUAUUAUAAUUCACCUAUAUAAAUUAUUGCUGAAAAUGUAAUGUUUAUUUAAUUAACCAAAUCACCAUGGUUGUUAUUAGCUCAAUGCUCUCUCUGAUUUAAUAUAUUUUUAAAUGACAAUAAAGUACAUUUGAAC